AUGCAUAUCCUCGUAUCCAACGACGACGGGCCGCCCUCGCCUCACUCCUCUCCCUACGUCCACUCCUUUGUGCGGCACUUGCAGCGAGCAGGGCACACUGUCUCUCCCGUCUAUUACCGACCCUCGGCUAAUAGCCAUGGCGACGAUUCCGAAGGAACAACACACGCCCGGCCGUCUCCCUCGGGAGAUGUGGAAGAAUGGGUUCUCAUCGACGGCACGCCGGCUUCUUGCGUCCAGAUUGGGCUGAACCACUUCUUCCAAGACAAGGGACCCAUUGACUUGGUUGUGAGCGGACCCAACUUUGGAAGGAACAGCACGGCGAUAUUUGCCCUGAGCUCUGGGACUCUGGGAGCAGCACUGGAGGCCGCCGCUUCUAGAUACAAGGCCAUUGCCCUCAGCUUUGCCUUUUUCUCGCGCAACCACGACCCCGUCAUCAUCGACGCCGCAUGCCGGCACAGCGUCAAGGUCAUUGAGUUCCUGUACAAGCAGUGGCCAACCGAUGGCAGCGCGGAUCUGUACAGCGUCAACGUUCCUCUCGUCGAAGGCGUAGAGUCUCAUUCAACGGUGUGGACGGACAUUCUGCAGAACUACUGGACCAAGGGGGGCUGCUUUGACGCUAUCGAUGGGGCUGAUGAUGAAGAUCUCGAGGAAGAGAGGAUACGAGAAGGACCCGGCGGCGAGGUUGAUGAUAAGAACAAGGCGGCUACGGCUUCAAAGGGGCACACGCAUAAGCACUUCAAGUGGGCACCCAAAUUCGCAGACGUGUACAAGUCUGUAGAGGAUGCUGGGCCUGGAUCAGAUGGGUGGGCUGUUAAAGAAGGGCAGACAAGUGUUACCCCUCUCAAGGCAAACUUUGCUAGUUGUGCGGGAGACAUGGCUACGAGGGAGAUUAAGCUUCCUGAUUCCACAUCAUCAGUCUCUCCUAUGGCAAAAUUGGCCAUACGGGAGAAUCCUAAAGAAGAGGCGAAGAGCAAGAUUCAGGCCAUCGUGUCCUACGACGACCCUUAUGUUCAGCCGCUUAUCGUAUCUGCACUCAACACCGUGCUGCCCAAGGAUGCGUUUAAUCUCAUCACCGACAUAUCAUCAGAGGGUUUCAGCUUGUCGAGCACGCUCCCAUCAUCAGACAGCAGCGUUCUGCAGAUCAUCCCCUAUGAAGCCAUCGACUUCGAAUUCGCAUCUUCACACACCAAGACCUCUCUCAUCAACAGUUACAUGAUCCGAAAAGCCCUCAUCAGGAAGCACUAUCUAUCCGCAACACUCGAUCACUGGGCAGCCAAGAAUCCCGAUUCGGUCCUCAAGAAGCAUCUGAGACGCAGCGAGGCCUUUGAAGUAGACUAUGCCGAGUUUCUCGAUGAUGCUCUUGUCGAAGCGUUUGAUCUUCGGGAGAGCAUGGACCGCAACGAGGAAAAGGAGGCAAGUGAACGGGAAUGGUGGAUUCUCAAGCCAGGAAUGAGUGAUCGAGGUCAGGGUAUCCGGCUAUUCAGCACCAUGGAGGAGUUGCAGGAUAUUUUCGACGGCUGGGAGGAGGACCGGCCGGACAGCGAUGACGAGGAAGACGGCGAAGGCCAGCAAGGCGGAGCGGCAGAUGAAGAUGCCGACGGCGACUACAUCACGGCGUCUCAUCUUCGUCACUUUGUGGCUCAGCCGUAUAUCCACCCUCCUCUCCUCCUCUCCCCCGCCGGCCACAAGUUCCACAUCCGAACCUACGUUCUCUGCACGGGAAGCCUUGACGUCUAUGUGUACAAGCACAUGCUAGCGCUCUUCGCCGGCAAGCCAUACACAGCCCCGUGGGAAGCCCCUGACGACAUCGAGGCCUUCCUGACAAACACAUGCCUGCAGGACUCGCCCAACGAGAACACGGUGCAGCGGUUCUGGGGCCUGCCCCUGGAGGGGGCGGUGCUGGAGCGGGUGUUUGGGCAGAUAUGCGAGACGACGGGCGAGGUGUUUGAGGCGGCGGCGAGGGCGAUGCCGAUUCACUUCCAGACGCUGCCGAAUGCGUUUGAGGUGUUUGGGCUGGACUUUUUAGUGGACGACAAGGGCGAGGCGUGGUUGUUGGAGAUUAACGCGUUUCCGGACUUUAAGCAGACGGGAGGGGAUUUGAGGGAGAUUGUGGAGGGAUUCUGGAGAGGCGUGGUCAAGGUUGCUGUUGGGCCGUUUUUCGGGGUUGAGGGGGUGUUGAAGGGCGAGGAGGAGGGGGAUAUGGUGUCUGUGAGGAAGAUUGAUUUGGGAAGGAGGUGA